AUGUCACCGGUUGGGCCACAGAACCAGCAGGCACUCCUUGCCAAGAGCAAGAGGCCCAGUGAAGAUCCUGUUUCAUUGAGGCAGCUUGCGCUGGUUGCUCGGAGGCUUGGAUUCCAUUCUUCCCGAAUUUAUCAGCUUGCGAGUGGCGAUCCUCAUACGGAGAUUGCUGCAGAAACACUGCUCGGAAUACAGCAGCAAUCCAACUACCCGAAUGAAGGAGGCUCUCUUCAGCCUGCCUUAGAAACAACUGUGGAUCUGGUCCAAGAGGGAGAAAGUGGGCCAAUCACAAGCUUGUUUGUUGGCAUGUGCGUCUAUAGGGUCACUUUUGGAGACUUUCAAGCCCAACAAGAUCAGUUGCAUCUGGAGUUGCGUCGCGUGUCCUUAGCAAGACACAGUUCUGAAAACGGUAGACCCUCAAAGAGGUCUCGAACAGAUGGAAGGUUCAACAUAUGUCUUGUAGCUGACGACGUUGACCAGACCAGCUUGAAGGAAAUAGAAGGGAAUGGUGAUGAGAGCCAUGUCCAAGAUGUCGCAGUAGCUGUGCGCAUCCUGAUGAGCGACUGGCACCCAUACGACGCAUCGAGCGGGUCGGGUUUGUCGAUUGACGACUGUUUUCAAUCCGCCAUAAACAACAGUGGCAAGAUACUAAUGCGCAGGGUCUAUUGA